AUGGAAAAGGCUCUGCGGUUGUGUCAAGAAACUGACAUAUACAUGACGAAUUUUUCCACAGCGAUGGCGAAAAUAACAGAUUUUUUUGAGUAUAUGGAUCACGCAGGUACUGUUUUUGCGCAUUCACAUGCUCUGAACGAUGCCAUUCAUAUGUGGGAAACGAUUACAUCCAUUCCGACAGAUACCGUGCAUGCUAUGCAAUACAAGGCAGCCAAAAAAUCCAUUUUACUCCGGCUUUUGCGCGAUGGUUCAACGCCUUCCUUAGAGGAGAUGAUGCCGCUUCAGACUCUCACUGUUCGCACAAUUUAUCAUCGAGAGUGCGAAGCAUACCUAGAAUUCGCGAGGAUGUACGAAAAAUACGUGCUUGGAAGCAAAUUGGCACUCGACCAGUUUGUGCAGGAACAUAACACUGUAUUUGCUAAUGAUGGCACUCUGGACCUCGUGCACUGGACCCUGUCUGCUCGGAUGCGUCACGGUAUUCUUGCUUUGGCGCGUAUCUACAAAACUUUCCCAUUAAGGCACCUUGUUGCUUUUCUUGAGACACAAGAACACGAUGUGAUUGAAACUCUUACCACACUGACCAAUUCAGGGACCCUUGAAGUUCAUGUGAUCGAACAAGAGCUUUCUGCAGAGCUUCACGCCAUACCCGUUCCAGGUGGAACAAUCGACAUGGAUGCUGGGAAUAGUAUCGUACACUUUAAUCUCCAGCUUGGACCUAAUAUCCAAAACAUGGCGCAGACGUUGGAAGCCGCAGGGUCAUUAGAAAAACGUGCCUCGAUGUCACUCAAGAAUGAUCUUGCUCAGCUCCUGACAUCACCGGCAGUCAUGUCCAGAAUUUUGUCUCUCAGUUCGGGAACAUCUCUCCCUGAGGCUGAAAUUCUCGAGGAAGACGAUGGGAUGAGUUUUGAUACAAUUAGAACAUAG